AUGAAAAGAAAAUUGGAGAUGAGAUGAGGAAUGGACGCUGCAGAUAAUCUUUCUGCAGAUAAUUGGCCUUGGAAAAACCGAAAAAACAAAAAAACCUCACUGACCCAACUACCUCAUCUUCAUCUUCUUUGCAUUUACGUUUAUAUUUCUUCUUCGUUUUUGGGAUUCUUUUAUUUGUCUAUCUUCUCUCUACCCUCUUGUUCCUUCCUAGCCUUCAUUGCUGGGUUUACCUUGGCAAGUUUUUAUCUAGUUUUUUGAGAGAGAAAUCACCAAUGUCUGUGACUAUGGCUUCCUUGGGUGUUGGGACUCACCUCAGUGAUAAUAAUAAUAAUAAUUGUAUUUUGAAAGCUUUUGAAAAUCGCGUGCCUAGUGGAGUUCUGAUCAGGGGCACCUUUCGGCUUCCCACCAAGCCUUUCUCCGUUCUGCAUAAGAGACAAAGGUUAUCCUCAAUGGCCACAAACACACCUCGAGCAUCAUCAGCAACUGCUUUGGAGGAUGCAAGUCAGAGUGAAAGUGAUACCGUUCCAACUCCUGUAGUUAUUAUCGACCAAGACACUGAUCCAAGUGCAACUAUUGUGGAGAUAACUUUUGGGGAUCGGCUUGGAGCUCUUCUCGAUACUAUGAAUGCGCUUAAAAAUCUUGGACUCAAUGUUGUGAAGGCAAAUGUUUUCUUAGAUUCUUCUGGGAAGCACAACAAGUUUGCCAUCACUAAAGUAGAUACUGGUAGAAAGGUAGAAGAUCCAGAAUUGCUUGAGGCAAUUCGCUUGACAAUUAUAAACAAUAUGAUUCAGUAUCACCCGGAAUCGAGCGCCCAAUUAGCAAUGGGAGUAGCCUUUGGAAUAGUGCAACCAGAACAACAGGUUGAUGUGGAUGUAGCAACAAACAUAAGAAUCUAUGAUGAUGGCCCUGAACGGAGUUUGCUUUAUGUGGAGACAGCUGAUCGCCCCGGAUUAUUGGUAGACCUUGUGAAGAUUAUCACUGAAAUCAAUAUUGAUGUUAAAUCGGGAGAAUUUGACACAGAGGGGUUGUUGGCUAAGGCAAGGUUUCAUGUUAGUUACAAGGAUAAAGCGCUUAUCAAGCCUCUCCAGCAGGUAAGCUGGCAUUUUGGCUAUACGAUUAAGCAGCAUUAGCACUGUUUUUUUAAUUUACAUAAAUUGUUUUUGAAAUGCUGUCUCUGAAAAGAAUGUAAGGCCAUGGUCCCUAUCCUUAUUUUCAAACUCUAUGGACAAACCCAAUCCUCCCAUUUCCUUUCUCUUCUAAAUUCCCAAGCAGAGACAGAACCAAGUGGAGUGUGGCUGGGGGUUGUCACGGCUCCUGUGCCUGGUUUUGAUUUUUUUUUUUUUUGUUUAAUAUCAUCAUAUUAAAUCAAUAUAUAUCUGACUCCUCAAUAAGGGAUCUUAAUUAAUUUUCUCAUUCAGUUUUGGGUCCCUCCAAAAAACUCUUGGUUCCUUCCAUGUAAUCCCAAGGAUACUGUAAAACUAUGCUAUGCUGGGUUUGCAACCUGUAACAGCAUAUUGAGCCCGGCCUAGACUUCACAACCCUGAGUAUGAGGCUGCUCUUUUGUAGCAUUACUGACACAAAACGUUACUCCAUCCAAUUUGGCAGGUUCUUUCUAAUAGCUUGCAAUAUUUCUUAAGGCGG